AGAUGCAACCACCACCUCUAUGUUGCUCCACCAACAGCCACAUUUCUCAUCGUCGCCACCGCCGCCGCAACCUGCAAUAGAGGUCUCACGCCGUCGCCGCAACCUGCAGUAGAGGUCUCUCGCCGUUACCUUCUUUUUAAUGGUUUCAAUCUGAAAAAUCUGAAUUCCAUAAUUUUGGAUGGGAAAUCGAAUUCCCUAUCAACAAUAAUUUGAACCAGCAGGAGAGGGUUGUUAAAUUGCCGGCUGGAAUGGCUACCCAGACAAUAGUUGAAGCUGCGCAGAAAGUUGUCACCUCUGAAACCCUCCGCAAUGCAGCCAAACAAUCUCAACGAUGCCUCACUGUCCCUGUACAUCUCCGCCAUGCCAUUAAGAAGUACCUUCGAGAGCAGGAGGAGCCAUAUAUGAAGAGGAAGGUAUUGAGACUGUCCCAGUCAUUCAAUGAAAUCAAGAACGUCAAUCUGCAGCUAGCAACCACCACAUCGAGGGAGAUAGUUGAAGACCCCUUAAAGUCUUCUGAGCAGUCAAAACGUUGGAAGAUUACGAGCUCCUAUGGUGACAUUGGUCUCACGUACAGAAAUGAUGAGACAAUUGCUUAUGUGGCUUCUCGAAUGCCUGCCGUUUACUCUGCUUGUUACAGAGUACUUAAAGAGGUUCGUAGAAGGCUUCCUGGUUUCUCUCCAACCAAGGUCUUAGAUUUUGGUGCUGGGACUGGUUCAGCUUUCUGGGCAUUACGAGAAGUUUGGCCAAAAUCUUUAGAGAAAGUAAAUUUAAUAGAACCAUCACAGUCAAUGCAGCGUGCAGGUCAAAGUCUCAUACAAGGUCUCAAGAAUUUGCCACUUAUUCAUAGCUAUGACAGUAUUCAAGCUCUGUCUAAAAGUAUUGGUAAAUCGGAGAGAGGGCAUGACCUUGUAAUUGCUUCUUAUGUGCUGGGAGAGAUCCCUUCGUUAAAGGAUCGGAUUACCAUAGUUCGCCAGCUUUGGGAUCUAACACAAGAUGUUCUGGUUUUGGUUGAACCUGGAACGCCUCAUGGAUCCAAUAUUAUAGCUCAGAUGAGAUCUCACAUAUUAUGGAUGGAAAAGAGAAAACAUCGUAAAUCUUCUAAUAAAAACAAUGAAGUUUGUAAAGAUUUGAUCACUGAAAAGGCCGGUGCUUUUGUGGUCGCUCCUUGUCCUCAUGAUGGUACUUGUCCAUUGGUAAAAUCUGGAAAGUAUUGUCAUUUCGUACAGCGUUUGGAAAGGACAUCAUCUCAGCGUGCUUACAAGCGUUCAAAAGGUGAGCCCUUGCGUGGCUUUGAAGAUGAGAAAUUCUCCUAUGUUGUUUUUAGACGUGGAAGAAGACCAAGUGAACCUUGGCCCCUUGAUGGUAUUACAUUUGACACUCUGAAGGAGCAACAUGCCAAAAGAAAUCCAGAGGAUCUUGAAAUUGACUACGAGGACUGGUUGAAGUUGCAACAAGCUGAUGACGAUGAGGAUGCUUCUCGUGUAGUAGAUGUAGUAAAAUAUGAUUCUGAUGCUGUUGAAACCGACCGUGAAGACGACAAUGAAGUGGAUGAGGAAAUCGAAGAAGUAACGACGAGUGCUGAUCUUGGAGGUGGCUGGGGCAGAAUUGUGUUCAUGCCUGUUAGAAGGGGUAGACAGGUAACUAUGAACGUGUGUAAAUCAACCAAAAGCGAUGCCUCAGAGGGUUCAUUUGUCCGUAUGGUUGUAACAAAGAGCAAGAAUCCUACCUUGCAUCAUCAAGCCAAAAAAUCUAUUUGGGGUGACUUGUGGCCAUGUUGAAGCAACAUCAUUUGUGGUGUUAGUUUUAUUCAACCAAGGGAGAUUUAAAAAUAUAAUUGCCAACUAGGUAGAAUAAUUAUUUUGUAAUAAUUAAAUUGAGUACGAGGUUGAAAUCAUGGAAUUUAGAAUACUAGUAGGAAUGGUUUUAUUCUGUUGUAAUAAUCAAAUUGAGAGUUCAACCUAAUAUAAAUCAAUUUCCGCAAA